AUGCUAUUUCCCCUUCUUUGGCAACUUCAGGGAAAUCUUGACCCAUGCGCACUGUACGCCUCGGAUGAGGAUCUAGAUGGUAUGGUAGAAACAAUGCUAAAUCGCUUUGGAGUGCAUCGCUACAUCGCCAAUCUUGGCCAUGGCAUCUAUCCAGACACAGAUCCUGAUAAAGUGAUGCGUUUUGUCAAUUCUGUACAUCGGGUCUCUCGAGUAUUGUUGGCCAAUAGUAGACAACAGGAAAAAUGA